GAGCAGUCCUGUACGGAUAUCCUUGGGCUCAUUUUGCCGUCAUUGGCCUCAGCUAGCUUCACCUCCUUUCAAAUCCUGGUCUUGAAGUGAGCUUCUCGAGAUUAUUCGCCAUGUUCUCCGUCGCAAGACAAGGCGCGCUGCGCCAGGCGCGGACAUUUCUGCGCCCCAGCAAGCCUACCGUGACCUCCCCGGCUUCGGCCCUGGCCCGGUUACUGUCUACAUUGGCAUUGCUUGAACAGAGAGAAGGAAAGCUGAAUCCUUCGUCUCUUAGCGCGGUCACUGCAGCUCAGAAGCUUGGAGGAUCCAUUACUGGUUUUGUCGCUGGCAGCGGCGUCAAAGCAGUUGCCGAGCAAGCGGCCAAGGUGGAAGGCCUGGAGAAGGUCAUUGUGGUGGAGAAUGGAGCAUAUGACAAGGGUCUUCCCGAAAACUAUGCUCCGUUGUUGGUCGAAAACAUUAAAAAAGGCGGUUUCACACACGUUAUUGCUGGUCACUCUGCCUUUGGCAAGAACUUGUUGCCUCGGGUAGCUGCUCUGCUAGAUGUGCAGCAAAUAUCGGACAUUACUAGCAUUGAGAGUGAAGACACUUUUAUCCGACCCAUCUAUGCCGGAAAUGCAGUUCUGACGGUACAAUCCACCGACCCCAUCAAGCUCAUCACAGCUCGAGGCACUGCUUUCCCUGCUGCCCCCGUGUCAGAGGGCAAAACCGCCGAGAUUACUGAGGGCACAGACCCCAACGCACCCUCCCCAACCGAAUGGGUUUCGGAGGAUUUGGUUCAGAGCGCAAGACCGGAUCUCAGCACUGCCAGCCGUGUAGUCUCUGGUGGCCGUGGUCUCAAGUCCAAGGAAGAGUUUGACCGCAUCAUCACCCCGCUCGCGGAUGCUCUCGGCGCGGCCAUUGGUGCGUCUCGGGCCGCCAUCGACAGUGGCUUCGCCGACAACAGCCUGCAGGUCGGGCAAACCGGAAAGAACGUAGCUCCUGAGCUCUACUUGUGUGCAGGUAUCUCGGGUGCUAUCCAGCACUUGGCUGGUAUGAAGGACAGCAAGGUCAUUGCGGCUAUCAACAAGGAUCCUGAUGCGCCCAUCUUCCAGGUUGCCGACGUAGGAUUGGUCGGUGACCUAUUUGAGAAGGUGCCUGAAUUGACGGAGAAGCUGAAGCAGGGAUGAAUCAUACAAGAUCGAAAAUAAGUGAAGAAAUUUCAACGUUUUGCCUUGCGGCAGACGGAUGAGGGGGGAUUGGGUUUCCCAGGAAGGCUAUGUGCCGACACCCAUGAAGAUUCCUUUUGCGCAUAUGCUGUCCUCAUCUACCAUACUUGCGCUUUCUGAAAGCCUCAACGCAUUGCUGGUAUAUAAAUGAGAGCGUUUUUUGAAACUGGCCGCGCCGCCUGUGGCCAUGGUGUUGGGAUCAAGUAUUUGUUUAUUUUAAUUUAUUUUGCAUGACUAUGGUCAUGUGUGUAUAGUAUUUAACUUGUGAUGCAUCUAUUAAACACAAAAGAAAUGCACAAUUUACCCACC